CUGUGGACUCGCAGUAAACAUCUAUGGUUAGUCAUUAACACAGUUUAAACAGUUUAUCCAUCAGUCCUGUCCCGUCCUUGAUUCUCAGGAUCUCUCACCCAGAAGGUCAGACAGAGAUUGUUGGUCUUCACUAUCUGAUUCCAUUGGCUGAAGGGUCUGUUGAUGUCAUGGGCAGCCUCUUACUGUGGGUGUCACUGGCUUUCGCUUUGUGGUCAACCUCUGUUCUGAGUAUGACAGUGUUCUCCAGUGGCCCCGAGGCGCACAUGCUUCUCCGCUCUAAAAGAGCUAACAGUUUCCUGGAGGAAAUGAAGCCCCCUUCUCUGGAGCGUGAGUGUGUGGAGGAGAAGUGUGACUUUGAAGAGGCCAGGGAAAUCUACCAAACCAGAGAGGCCACGAUGGAAUUCUGGACAAAGUACACAGAUGGGAACCAAUGUAAACCGAAUCCCUGUGUGAAUGGAACCUGUGUGGACCUUUAUCAGAAAUAUGUCUGCUCCUGUCAUCCAGAGUUCGAAGGAAAGCUCUGUGACUACCCUAAGACAGCCACAAAUUGUUCAUUUGACAAUGGCGAUUGCGAUCAUAUAUGCACGGAAAGUAAGGCCAGCCUGGAAAGAACAUGUAGCUGUAUCAAGGGAUACCGUCUCCAAAGUAACUCCAGAACUUGUAGCCCUAUUGAUGAUAAUUCGUGUGGACAGUUACUGACAGAGAAGAACUCCUACAGUGGACCCAUAAUAGGUUUACUUCCCUGGCUGAUGGGAGGUGAGGUGGGCAAAAAGGGGGAAAGCCCCUGGCAGGCUCUCAUUAUUAAUGCAUUGGGGAAGUUCCAUUGUGGAGGUGUCCUUAUUGAUCCCAACUGGGUACUUACUGCAGCCCAUUGCUUGACUAAUAGCCUACGCUUCCAUGUCAAACUGGGUGACUAUGAGCGCUUUAAGAAGGAGGGCACUGAGGUGACCCUGCAGGUGGCUAAAGCUAUCCCACACCCUAACUACAACGGCAAAACAAUUGAUAAUGACAUUGCCAUGCUCCGCUUGAUCACUCCUGCACCACUCUCCAAAUAUAUCCUCCCGGCGUGCCUCCCGGAGCGCAGUCAUGCGGAGCGGGUGCUCCACCUUAACGGCACGCUCACUGUCGUGUCUGGCUGGGGCAAAGAAGACCUGCGUUCUCAGCGCUUUAGCUCUGCCCUCAACAUCAUCAAAGUACCACUGGUCGACCACAACACAUGCUCUCGCCAAAUGACUAACAAUGUGUCCGAGAACGUGUUGUGCGCAGGUAUGCUGGGCAAGCGUGUCGAUGCAUGCGAGGGCGACAGUGGUGGGCCCAUGGUCACUCUUUACCGUAACACCUGGUUUGUCAUAGGCUUGGUGUCAUGGGGGGAGGGCUGCGGCAAACUGGACAAAUUUGGUGUUUACACCAAGGUCUCCAAUUACAAUGUGUGGAUUGAUAGUGUGCGUAAUAGUUGGGACCAUGAUCAUCCCUGAUACCAUGUUUGUUUCAGUUGCAUUGAGCCCACAAUUUAUUGUCCCUAAGUGUCAUUUUGCCACUUUGUUAAAUAAAUUGACACCCUCAAAGAUGA